AUGGUGGAUGGUCGGCUGCUUAGCUGCUUCAUGAUGGCUUCCAUCCUCAAAGUGGCUGCCGAGGCUGACAAGAAACAAGAAGGGGUUACCUGCUAUACCUGUGUCAAUGUGUCUGACAACUUAAUGUGCAACAGAUUCGCGAUAGACAGGCCAUGUCCUGAAGGUGAAGAUUUCUGCCAUACCCUCCAUAUAAUGGACUCUACAGGGGCUAGUGUUAUUGUAAAUAAGAAGUGCGCGGACACCACCGAGUGUUGGCCAAUGGGAGUCGGCUGUGUGAUGGUCGACACUCAGACGGUGUGCGUUUCAUGUUGCGAUGAGAUGUACUGCAACGUAACAGUUCCAACGAAUCAAUCCAACGCGAUAUACUCCAACCGCAGGACGAAGAACAGAGCUAAAGUGAAACAGGCGGUGGAACCCGAAAACAAUUCGGCAAGAUCGCAGACUAUAUCCAUCAACAUCGUCUUCUUCUACCUGAUCAAGUCACUCCUGUAAACGUGUUUCGUACCCCUGCGUUGUUCAUCUAGGUAUCAGGGUCGCACAGCUGCAUUCACUAAUGGAUCAUUCAGUCUUUUUCGCCACCAGCACUUCCUCAGGCGUGCAACGAUCGAUUCUAGAGAUCUUUCGGGUGGUUCCCAUAAGUGUAAUUUUUUAAAAAUAUUUGUAGGUCUUUAUCGAAAAAUCACGUGUACAUUGACCUUUUAUUUUUGCCAUUCAAGAAUCUUCAAAGAUACUGAAGACAUAUCCAUUUAAUAUUGCACGGUAUUUUUUAAUUGCGCAUGAUUUUAAAACAAAAAAAAAUGAAAGAUUUGUUAGUUGUAUAGAAAUCAUCAGUACGAUUCCUCGUGAUGAAAACACCCCACUCAUUGAUGUUGCAUGCCAAAUUGUGUAACAUGUGUUCGAUGUUCAAUGUUUCCAAUAUAUUUGGUAGAUUAUUUCAAAUCUCGGUGGAAAUAAUUGCUCUAUGUUUAACCGAAGUGUUACCAGUAGUUAAAAUCGUAGUACACAAAACUCAAUUUCACAAUUGUACUAACGGCCAAUACACUAAUCUCAAACUCACUUUAUUGUAAGGACUUAAAUAAAUAAAAAAAUAAAAAUAAAUUUGAGUCCUACAAGGUCAAUGUUUCCUACUUUUAAGAAUGGCAUCUUAUUUCAUUAAUAAAAAUUCAUUCACGAAGCUUUUUUUUUUUUUUUUGACAUUUUCAAAAGAUGUCUCUCUUUAAAUUAGAGUUUAAAUUAUAAAUGUUACCCUGUAACAUAAGUUACCAAUUGUUUCGAGUUUUUGUCAUGACAAAUUAUAGUUUUGUAUAUUAGUUAUAAGUCUUAUUG